CGCUGCGAGUCCCAAUGGAAGACGGAGCGACCGCCGCUGUGCCUGGUAACUCGCGUCGCAUUUCCUCCUCCCAGCAGCUUCUCAUCACGGUAGAAAAUAGAAAUACAAAGACUCUCCUCCCACCUCCCGCUCCGUUCCCAGUCCCCGGAACAGAGCACAGGGAGACGGUCGCUGCUGCCAAAGGGUAUUUUUCUCACUAUCUUCAAAUUCCAAUGGAGAAUUGCUCUGCUGAGGAAUCUGAUGUUAGCGAUUCAGAUAUACCUGAGUACAAGGAGAAGAUCCAUGCCCAACUGCAGGCUGGAAAAAUGAAAGUUAAGUAUGGCGAGAAAGCUUUUCGAUGCCCCUUUUGCCCGGGGAAAAAGAAGCAGGAUUACAAACUGAAGGAGCUGCUGCAGCAUGCAUCGGAUGUAGGAUCUGCUCUUAAGUGCAAGGCCAAGGAGAGGGCAUCACAUCUUGCACUUGCUAUGUAUUUGGAGAGGAAUUUAGCCAGCUCAUCAGGGAACUCAUUGCAACUUGCUGUCGUGCCAAAGAAUUUAAAGAAUGAACAAGAUAAGUGCGUAUGGCCGUGGAUGGGAAUUCUGGUUAAUUUACCUCCUGGACCGACAGACGGGGAUAGGCUAAGCAAACAGCUCUCGCAGUUCAGACCUCUUGAAGUUGCAAUUCUUGGGAAUCCCAAAGACCGAAUACUCUGCGCUAUCGUCAAGUUUGCCACGGAUUGGAGUGGAUUCGAUGAUGCAUUGCACUUUGAAACCCAUUUCAUACAGAAAAAAUAUGGUAAGGCAGAUUGGAACAAAAGAAACUGUAGAAGGGGCUAUCCUUAUGGUUAUGGAUGGUUUGCAAGAUUUCAUGAUUAUCACUCACCUGGGCCAAUCAGGGAGCAUUUAAGAAAAAAUGGAGGUCUAAGAAGGUCGGUGACCGGGAACGUGAACGACAACAAGAAAUCAAGAGCUGUAUAGCCAAUUAUGUUUGCCAGAUAGAGGAGAAGAACAAACAUAUCUGGAAACUGGAGCAGAAGAAAGAUCAAAAGGCCAUGGAACUUCGUAGGGUGAUGGAGGAGAAAGAUCGAUUAGUUCAAGAACACAAUCAUAGGAUAACGCACAUCCAACAAGUUGCUUAUGAAAAAAUGAGCAAAAUGAUCGAGGACAGUCGUAGAUUGGAUAAAGAACUGAUGAUCUGGCAACAAAAAAAAUGAUAUUAGACGUCAGGAACUUGAAGACUUAGAAUCCGAAAGCAACAUUGUGGACAAAACAAAGCUCAAAGAAGACAUAGAAAAGAAUGCAAAAGAGAAGGAGAGUCUUAAUUCAGCAAUCCAGAAGCAGGUGGAGGCACAUAAGGAACUUUUCCGUCUCCUUAAGGAACAAGAAUUGCAGGAAGACACAAAUGAUGCUUUAAGGGUGUUAACCUAUCUGGAAAAGCAAUUGGAUUGUAAACAUGAACUUGAACUGGAAAGAGAACAGUUGAAUGGGGAGUUAGAGGUUAGGAAGCAUAUGGGAGCUGAGGAAGAUACAAAAUUGCAGGAGCAGCUCGAUGAGAUGCGUAAAAAACUGGUAGAGAUAGACGAGGACAUAGAGGAUGCUAAGGAUACUAACCAGACCUGUUUUGAUAAUGAAAGAAUGGCUAGUGAGGAUCUGGAAGAGGCCAAGAAAGAGAUGAUAAGGGUUUGCAUGACUAUUGACUUGGUUUUCUAUUUGUGUUAACUUGUAUGUUGAGUCUUUGUUUGUUGAGAACAAAUUACUCAUAUUGCAGGCCUUGGAACAAAGGUCAGGAAAGUUAGGAGCUCGAUUGAAUAUGCUUUUUGGUGUCAAAAGGAUGGGCGAGCUUGAUCGAAAAGCUUUUCAUGAUGCAUGCAAAGAAAUAAUAGCAAAAGAUGACUUUGAUGUGGAGUUCGCACUUAUAUAUUCAAAAUGGGAGCAUGAGAUUUGACAGCCAGAAUGGUAUACUGAUGCUGAAGGAAAGAAGAAGGAAGAUGAUGAGAAGCUGCAAGCUUUAAAAUCUGAAUUUGGUGAGGAGGCACACGGUUUAGUUGUCAAGGCCCUCCUUGAAAUGCAUGAGUACAGUCCCUUCGAGAGGGAUCCCGUACCCGAGCUGUGGAACCAGAAGGAUG